AUGGUGUUUUGGGUAUUUGGCUAUGGUUCAUUGGUGUGGAAUCCAGGUUUUGAAUAUGAUGAAAAAGUUAUUGGAUUUAUAAAAGAUUAUCGACGUGUUUUUGAUUUAGCAUGUACUGAUCAUCGAGGAACACCUGAAUAUCCAGCUAGAACUUGCAUGUUAGAGCCUAAAGAAGGAGCAAUUUGUUGGGGUGUUGCAUUAUGUGUUCGUGGAGGUCCUAAAAAGGAAAGAAUGGUUAUGGAGUAUUUGGAACGAAGAGAAUGUGAAUACGAUCAGAAAACUUUUGUUAGCUUCUAUGAGGAAGGAGAUUCAUCAAAACCUGCUUUAACUGGAGUAAUACUAUUCAUAUCCAGUAAAGAAAACAAAUACUACUUAGGACCAGUUCCACUAGAAGAUAUGUCUAGGCAAAUAGCUACUGCUUAUGGUCCUUGUGGAAACAAUAGAGACUAUGUUUUCCUUCUAGAAAAGGCUAUGUAUAAUAUCGGUCAUGAAGAUAACAUGGUGAUAGAACUUGCUAAUGAAGUGAGGAAGGUAGUUGCAGUUUUGGACAAGAAAAAGCUGGUUGGAAGAGAACAACUUGCAACUCUUAUCCAAUCCAACUCUUCGAUUUCCAAAACACGUUAUUCGGAUAUUGCGAAAAACAGAAGUACUAUUAGCCAAAGAUCACGCAACAACUUUUUUCUUAAGCAAUUGAAUGUCAUUUCAUUCAUUCACACAUGGUUUGGAAGGUUUUAA